CUACUCUGCUUUAGCUUCCUUGUAGCUAACACCGUUCUUGCUGACAGCACAGAUUGUGGCUCCGAUAGGUGUGUUGUGUCAGCUGACAGUUGUGUGAUGCUAGCAUGUUAGCUUUGAAGUUAGCAAGCAGAUGCUGCUAAUUUAGCGUUUCUCUAGAUAGCGCAUUGAUGGAAUUUUCUUUGUGUUACCUGAGCAUUAAUUAUGUGACCCACAGCGAGGUGAUGUAUUUAUAAACAAACUACCUACGUCGCUUUUUAGCACCAGCAAGCCAGAAGCUAGGAAGAUUUGCUUCCUAGCGACCGUAGCUACCUAGCUAUGACCGCAUGCUAGCCAACAAGUAAUCGUCUUAAUGGAGAACCCAAGCUUUUAGGAAUGACCUUAAGUUAUGUGAGAAAACUGUAAACUCGCGGAUUCUGCUUUGAUAAAUGUUAGUUAAAUGGCAAAAACUGAGCAGCGCAAUGGACUUGAUAUGUGGGGCAGCAAAGAGAAGGUAACAGAUAAUGAGAAAGAGUCUUAUGGAUCCGACCCAGUGGUAAACGGCAGUGCCAUCCCAGGGGAGAAACAGGUGGACAGGUAUGGGUUCGCCGUUGACGCCCACCAGUACUCCAGAGACUCUGCUGAAGAAAUCCCCAUCGAGGUGAUUAGGCAGCGGGAGGCAAAAUGGCUGGAGAUGCUCAAGAGCUGGGAGGCUAAAAAACACAAGAAGGUGAAGGAGCGCUGUCAGAAGGGGAUCCCUCCAUCCCUGCGUGGACGGGCCUGGCUCUACCUCACUGGAGGCAAAGUGAAAAGAGAGCAAAACAAGGGCAAGUUCCAGCAACUUGACAACCAUCCAGGAGAUCCUAAAUGGGUCGAUAUCAUUGAGAGGGACCUCCAUCGACAGUUCCCCUUCCAUGAAAUGUUUGCAGCAAGAGGAGGUCAUGGGCAGCAGGACCUGCUCCGCAUCCUGAAGGCUUAUACUCUAUAUCGUCCCGAAGAAGGUUACUGCCAGGCUCAGGCUCCUGUUGCUGCUGUGCUCCUCAUGCAUAUGCCAGCUGAGGAUGCAUUCUGGGUCCUUGUCCAAAUCUGUGAGAAAUACCUUCCUGGAUACUACAGUUCAGGGCUGGAGGCAAUACAGCUGGACGGAGAGAUCCUGUAUGCUCUGCUGCGGCAUGUAUCUCCUGUAGCCCACCGCCACCUGAAGAAGCACAAGCUGGAUCCCAUCCUGUAUAUGACUGAGUGGUUCAUGUGUGCAUUCUCUCGCACUCUGCCGUGGGCAUCGGUGCUGCGUGUCUGGGACAUGUUCCUUUGUGAGGGAGUGAAGAUCCUCUUCCGAGUGGGUCUGGUUCUCCUGAAAUGCAUGUUGGGAUCCCAGGAGAAUCUGAGGGCUUGCCAAGGUCUCUAUGAAACAAUGGAGCUGCUCCGAGCCAUAAAGCCACAGUACAUGCAGGAAGGCUUCCUAGUACAGAAGAUUAUAGAGUUAUCAGUGUCUGAAAAAGACAUCGAGAAGGAACAUCACACUCAGCUGCGCCGUUGGAAGGAGUCUCACGGAGAUCUACACUGUAAGUCCCCUCCACGGAUGCAUGGUGCCAAGGCCAUCAUGACUGCCGAGCCGCCCACCUGGCAGGAGCUGAGACAGCGGCCCACAAUCAUUGUAGACUCUCUGCUGCCAUCCAAGACAGAUGUGAUACAGGCAGAGGAUGCAAAGGAAAAUGGAAAGACUCAAGAGGAAAAGCACAAGAAAAUGGUCCUGCCUCCACAGGAGACAGGUAAUCUUUACCUUUCCCCCAGUGACCCUUCACUUCUCCUCAAACAACUGACCAUACAAGGGUCCAAAGAGAGUGUGAGCAGUGCAGAGCAUGACACUUACUUGUAGUAGGGUCAGUUUCACACCGGUUUACAUACAGAAAUCAUUCCAUGUAACCUUUACUAACUCCACAGAGACACUGUUCAUGGUUUUCAGUCACAGCUGUCAAUGACAUGAUAAACCUUUCUGACUUCAUGAGAACAGAGACGAGUUUUUGUACAAGUUCUGCCAUCAUGAAGCUCCGGGAGAAGUUAUGGAAUUUAGAAUCGCACGCUACUGCUGCUAUUAAAAGUAAUGUUCUGAUUCUUUCUUUUGUAAAAGAAGUUAGAUUUUGUCUUAACUGAUAAGAUCUUUUCUAGGGCACUUUGCCUUUAUAGUCUUCCUCUUUAGGUGGGUUUCCAUCCGCCAGUUUUUAUGCACAGUUUCAAUUUGUGCAUAAAAAAAGCAUAGUAGAAAAUCUCUAAAUUAAAAAGAAAAAUUUAAAGCAUUACCAUAAAGUUUUUAUACUAUGUUGGUCUAUCAUUAAAACAAAAAAGUGCCAUGGAAACAGAUUUAACCAAUAAAACAUGAUAGACAUGAAUCACGUGACUUGACAUCCACCAAAGUGAAAAAAUAGUGUCAGGCCAAAAUAGAUGAGUGUGGAGCAAUGAGGAGACUGUGAUGUACCUCAAAAUAAUACAUGCAUCCAACAGAAUAGCCACGUUUCUAUCAUAUUUUCUACAUUGUUUCACCGUUUGGGGUUUGAUUGAUGCCCUUUUAUUACAUCACCAUUAUGCACCCUCGUGUUGUGCGUUGGUGUGAUGAAAAGUAGUGCUACCAGAUGCUACUCAACAAGCCAACUUCUACUGUUUGCAUAAUGAUAGUGGGUGGAUAUUAAUGUGCUUGAAGGUGCCCUUUUAUUUUAAUUUGCACUACAUUUGGAUGGAAACCCACCUGUUGCCUACGUUAGUCACUGUGCUGCCAACACAGGAAUGAAGGAAAAGGGGUUCAGGAACAUUUAUGCCACUAAGCCAAAGAUUUAUAAUGAGUAUUUUUGAGAUGUUCCUCCAGCUGUUAGUUCAAUCAUAUUGUCUUACCGUAUUUGUUUUCCAUGUGGGAGAGUGUAUUCAUGUUUUAAAUGAGCUACGGUAAAAAUGUUUUGGAGAAAGUAAAUAUUAAGCUGUUGUUGCACAAGGGUUAAUGGUUCUUUAGACAUAAAUGUAUUUAAUUGUUCUAUGAAAGAAAAAGACAGUGUUUGCUUUGCAAGAAUCCCAAUUUCAGUUUAAACAAUGUGUUUAAUUGUUCUUUUUUGAUCCUAAAACCAAGAAAUCUAGAUGUACCUAAUGUUAUCUUAGGUAUCAACAAGCAAGUUCAAGUCAUGUACAAAUACAGUGUUCAACCUAAUGGCAUUAUUUAGCUGAAUCAACAAGCCAACUUUCACUAAGUUAUUUGAAAUUCAUAUCUCUGUAUAAUUUUUUAGGAUUUGCUUUUCAUUGUAAAGGGCUUAUGUGUAGAUGUGAGGAAAAAUAUUGACCAACAAUAUAGUAAAGGUCAAAGGAGCCAUAAAUCAGAUAUUAUGUGUACUUAUUUUAUCUGUUGCAAAUGAACAAAAAGUUGAAGAAAAAACUUGGAUUCAUAUGUAGUCAACUUCUAACAGUCCCAGAUAUUGGAAAUAGCUUGUGUAGCUCUAAUGGCUUACAGUUAAUGCAGGCCAUUUGUGGGUAUGUGUUGAUUUUAAAUAUUAUUUUUAAAUAUAUGCUACAGUUUAUUUGUUAUCUGUUCAGAAGCAGUGUUUACCUGCUUUAAUAAUUAGAUUUGAAAAUACUCUAAUCUGUUUCUAGUAAUCAGCACACACAUUUAACCAACUUGCUCUGCUUCCCCAGAGUUUUUGGUUUUUAUGGAGCCGCUUGGAGCUGUACUGUCCUGUAGAGGGCGCCACUGAGCUUCAUACAGGGAUUAGAAAACUAGCUGGCCAGUCAUUCUGACUUACACAGGUUAUACAGGAUGUGCUUUGCCAGUCAAAACCUUUAUGCUGAUUUCUUUUAUUAUUAUUUUUUAUCUUUCAUCAAGAUAAUAAACAAAAAUAUUAGACUGGUUGGUGGGUUGUACCUUUUUACUAAUUAUAUUUAAAGGUAACACCAAUUAAGUCUGGAGCUUGUAAAUUGGUAGCUGUAUCCUUUUAUUUUAAUCAGUAUUUAGGACUUUAUCUCUGAUUUGUUGCUCGCUUGACUUAAAAUCAUCUUUUAUCUGCAAUAUGUUUUUAUACAAAUUGCAUUUAAAUCAAUAAAGUUUGAAGUUUCACA